AUGGCUCAAAACAAUUCAUCAAUAUUUAUUGAUGUUAGCACAUGCCUUCGUGAUGCUAUGGAUAGUUUAUUCACAAACGGCCAUAAUAUCACCAUACCUGCAAAAAAUAAUAUGAAUUUUGACUUAUCAAACAAUGUUGGACUUUCACCAACCGACGCAUUGAAAUUAAUGAUGAAAAAAAGAAAAUUAGAAUUAACUGCUACGAUCAAUGGUGAAGAAAAAAAUCAAGAAAAUGAAAGCGAAGGUGCAAAACGUAUGUGUAUUAUCAAUGAUCAUCAAAAAAACGAACAAAACGAAUGA